UCAGUGACGCUUCUUUCUUCUCAUUACGGCUGAAUGCUCGAUUAUAGCAUGCGCUGAUCACAACGGUUGUGUUUUCUGCAUGAAAAACGUGCACGCAAACAACUUGUAGCGACAAUACAGUAGGCUCCAUAGCGAAAAGCGUCUGCCAUUAUUAGCAUUGCGCGACGGUUUUUGAAUGACUUACAAUCAUACAUUGAACCUCAUCAAUGCCAGCUUUGUGACGUUCUGAGCACCUAGUCCUUUUCUUGGAGGAGCGUUCGCUUUCUAUUUUUACUGAUGCGGAAGUAUAAUCAACAAGAGUGACGUUUUAGAGCAGACUUUUCUGUACUUGAGAUACACUCCUGUAGUAGUCUGCUGGGAGUCGAAGAGAGAAGUUAGACAGAACCAGAGGAUAUAUGGACAUGGUAUGGGAUAUUAUACAAUCAGUUCAUCUAUUGUGUUGGUGACUAAAGUUGUACUUAUCUGCUUGGUCAUCGAGAUGCUGUGAUGCAAGUUCCCUACUUCAAGCUGAGUUCUCUAUGGUGAAUAAAGUCAUUUCGGACAACGUUUAUAGGUCUCAACACUGAAGUGGUGGAUAUAGUUCUACAGAUUACCUAUACGCCGCCAAUCUACUGGCGCCCAUUGCGGCGAAGUGCUUGGAAUCUUAUUGGAGGGAGGUGAAAGGUCAGAUACCUUGAGCAAAGAUGGAGGAGGUAGACUACAAGAGGGUUGGGGAGAUCAUGUGGACGGACAAACCUUUCAGGCUCCGAGAACUACCGGCUUCCUUUGGAUUCCCGCUCCUCAUCAAGGUGACGAAGGGGUCGGACGACAUGGAACACAAGGAGAAGUUCUCGACAGGAGAGAUUCUACGGAUUGACGGAGAAGAGAGACAGAGGCGAGUUAUUGCGGCGGACUCGAAGGGCAGACACUGGAGUUUUCCUGUUCAUAUCGGAGCCAAAUUUGAUGUCAAAGGCAAGAAAGAUAGGCGCAAUUCGAUGUACAUGAGCGAGAUUGUGGAAGCGAAGAAGCUUCCCAAAAAGUUCUGUUUCGCUAAGAAGGAUGAAAUGCAGAUGAGGAUUACAGGAGAGGAGCAUUCCGGACCCUUAGUAGAGGGUGACUUCAAGACCAAGGAAGUGACGAAGGUCAGGAUCUUCAAGGCAAACAGGAUCAGUGACGGCGACAUCAAGCUCAAAGUUGUUUUUCUGCCUGCCUACAUGGAUGUCGAGGUUGUCAUAGCAACCAAAUUUGCUUGUGAACCGGAUGCAUAUUGGGAGGAGUACAUGGAUGCGAUGACGCGUGAUAUUAACAAGAAGGUCAACUUGAAUAUGUACAGGGGCAAAUCAGAUAUCCAAAUUUACGAGUUCUCUGAGAAGACCAAAAAGUCAAAGGCGAAAACAGAGUGUUUGUACGAGGAGCAACCACCGACCAAGAUCGUCUCCGUCGGGAGCAUCAUCAAACAAAGACCAUCCAGUACCAAAAGAAGGACACCGACAAGGACGCCCUCUACGUUAUCAGAUGGACGAUAUCCAAAUAUGAGGCCGUUUAGCGCUCCGAAAUCUGAGCCAGAGCCAGAGGAACCGCAACGAGCAGUAGCGGAUAUCUUGAACGAUCUACGGGACAAAGAUGAAUCUGAGAUGACGGAAGAAGAGAUUCGCGUUGCCAAGCACCGCAGGAUGUUGCUUGCCAUGUUCGCUGAGGAGGAGGAAGAGGAAAAGGAGAGGAGACGAUCAGGAGCGUCUUGCGAGGUUGAUGAGGUUGACGGGGAUGCCAAUGAUGAUGAUCAGAAUGAUGAUAAUAAUGAGGACGAUGAUGCCGACGAUGACGAGGAUGACGAGGAUGAUGAUCAGAAUGAUAAUAAUGAGGACGAUGAUGCCGACGAUGACGAGGAUGAUGAUAAUGACAGUAAUGACGACAAUGACGACAACGAUGAGUCAGUGGACACGAGAGGAGAAGAAGAUAGGGAUGUCCUAGAUGAAGUCCAGCGGCCCCGAUCACCUGGUGAUGGUUCAACCAUCUCAGCCGAGUCGGAAAACAACGGAUCCGUCUGUGUCGAUGUUUCUCCUGCAGAAUCAAAGCCUCCUAUACCCGCCCCUCGUACCCAUGGUUUAAGUCACAAUCAAAGUCCCUCAUCACCAAACCUGCAACCUCCGGUCCAGCAGGUCGAUAAACCCAUCACAAAAUCCCCACCACAAAAUCCGCUCAAACCUCAGCUUAAACCAAAGCCAGCUCUACCAGGGAAAAAACCAACCCUUCCGCCGAAUAAACCUGCUGUCCCCUCGCAUAAGCCCUCUCUCAAGCCGCCAGUAGUCCCACAUGGUUCGACCGAACACAGUCAAGCUCGGGUGGUUAAUUCGUCCGAUCAAAUCCGCUUUGCGAAUAUCCAAGACAUUCCUGCCAACCUCAGCGGCCUGACUAUCGAUGACAUGUGUAAGGCCUUGGAAUUCUUAUGCCUUGAUAAAUACGAAGCUCAGAUCCGAGACAACAAGAUAGAUGGCGAGAUGGCCUUGGAACUUUCUGAAGACACGCUCAAAUCAGACCUAGGUCUCAGUGGCCUCGAUGCAAAGAAACUCUAUAACUUCAUCCAUCACAAUUGGAGACCAGUUUGAUGUAGGUCUUUCCUCCUAAACAACUCAUCACUAGAAACUAGGAUUUUGUUACUGAUAUUGUUCUUGUUGCUAUCAUAUAUUGUGGCUCAAUUUUUGUUGUAUCCUUUCUCAUUUUGUUUUUACAUAUGUGCUAUAUUUUUUAAGUAAUCAAUGCUGUUUUCUCUGAUACACUACCUACUACAAAUGAUAAACUCAAAACUCUCUAAAACGGCCAUCCAUAAUUAUUAUACCAAAGCUCUUCGUUGUUUAAUUUCUCUCGCGAGAAUUUUCGUUUCAAGUGUACACUUUACAUCGACAGUGAACCUUUAUAUAGAGGUGAGAUAUUGUACAAUGUUUGACUUAAAGAGAAAAUUUAGUUUUGGGGAGAGGUUAAAAAUAAUUUGUGAGCGUUAUCAUUGUUAUUAUGCAAGUGUGGAAGGACAUCAGAGAAAAAAUGUUCCCUGAAAAGCAUGGGUCUUCAAAUGC